CCUCUAAAUUCACCAUUGCUUCUUGUUCGUAUCAUGAGAUAGCUUCCUCAUUAUCGGCCUUUGGGUUGAGAUCUUGCACUAAUCCUUCGACGAAUGCCGACUCGUCUAUCGAAACAGACAACUGCUCAUAGCCAGGAUCCCUACGUGGUCUGGCCUCGAUAGCCGAAGCUAAUUGAACUUGCUCUGUCAAAAGAUGACGUUGCUCUCUCGUAAAACCUCGAACGAGGCCAUUGGUAAGGACAGCACUGGGAAAUCUCGAAGUCGAGCUGCCUCAUCCGAGCGAGAUCAAAAUGCCAGCAAGCCCUCCCUGCUCCGGCGAUUGAGCAGGACCAUCAGCAGAUCGGAAGAUGCACCAAAGAAGAAAGAUGACUCCCAUCAUCAAAGCGAGACCAAGAUAAGCCAGAAGCAACUGACCAAGGAUUUGGCGGAUAAGGCUCCUGAACCUAAAGUCGACGAGUUAUCGCCAACUGCCACCGUCCAAAGUGUUCGCAAGGAGCCGGUGAAGGCAGAAUAUCACCCUCCUGCACCCCGGCCAGCGAACGGGCAUACCACAGUGACAAUGAGAAGUGUCACAGAUACUCAACGGCACACAGGCCAAGGUCCAACUACCGAAUUUCGUGCGGAAGCUCAGGAUGAACACUCCAACAAGCGGAACGGCUUAACUAGGAUGGAUGUCGAGCAUCUCUUCAAUGGAGCCCCACAAUUUAUCCUAGAAAAGGGACGACGAGGUCGAUUCUUUCCACAAGCUUUCUUUCCCUGGAACAAUGAUCUGGAAGUAGGUGAUCUUCAGGAUCGGAGGUUUCUAAAGCAUGAGAGCUUCGCUUUCUGUACACUACACGCACAUCUGCCCAUACCAGAUGAGGUUGGCUGGACACCAGGAAUGCCGUUUCCCAUCAAGAAGGCAGGACUGGAGACUGGAAAGAGGCCGCUGUUUGAGCUGGGGAUAUAUGAAAGGCCAAACAUGCUAGCGCAAGAGGGAAGGGAGCCUGGAACUGUUGGACUAAGGUAUUUUCUCGAGCGACCAGUCGCCGACGGCGUACAAGACGGCAAGAUCAGAGAACAUGCAAAAGAUGUGGAGAUCGACUUGGCCUUAGGCGACGCUCCAGCCACAGAGGCAUUCAAUAUGCUGGCGUUGUCUAAGGACAACGACCAACUGAAUGCUAAAGUGGGCAAGCAUGCACCCGAGCAAGACCGCCUGAAGCUCAUCCACGAAGGCCCACAGGCGUGGAAGAGCGUCGGUGUCAGACCUAUCACCAUGCAAAGCUUGGUUGACAGACUGAAAGUGAUUGACGAUUGGCGAGAUAUGGUGGUGACCGCUGGUUGGAGAGCCACGGUCUUGGAUCAGAUGAAAUCUCCAGAACUCCAUGAUCACCUCUUUGGCGAAUUGCUCUAUCCGCCGCGGCGGUUGCAGGACGACUCGAAAUACCACGACAAAGAGGCAAUGAAAGUUCAGAUAGAGGCCCUGGUCAAAGUCCUCGCUACACCAGGCGCGUGGCUCGAUCUCAGCGUACCCGAAGCACGCCUGCGAUUUGGGAAGAUCCUGCACAGUCGAACGACAAAAUACGAUCAUACAACCGGCACCAUGACCAUCAAUCCCGAACGGAAGUGGCUCCUCAUCCAAGUCCUCCUUGCCAUCGAAUUAGUUGUUCGCCUUGACGCUGCACUGAGACUAGGCAUCGCGAUGCAUGCCGAAAACUUCGAGAUUUCCGGCGAAGAGAUACACCACUUCAACAAGCUCCGCACACUCAAAGUCGACUGGGACUUGGUGGCAGCUAGACGGUUCUUGGAUCUCUGCUAUGCAAAGAGAAACGAGCACGCAGACACUCGAUCAGAGUCGGACACUGCGAGUCACACGCCCGAACCCAUGGGGAGUCAUCUGUCACGGAAGACGACAGACCAUCACGGCGGCUUUUUCGGUGGCCUCCGACACACUUUCGGCCUCGACGCAGUCGAAGCGGAACCGGACGUCUGUGAUGUGGCUAUCCUUCCACGCGCUUUGCCUCCAUUAAUCGACGGCGUCUUUCGCUUCGCCACCAACAUUGGCUGGCCACGUGCUGCCGAGAUCCAGGAAAGCCUCUCGCAGAAACUAUGUCAUGGCACGCCCGAAGAACAAGAAAGAUUCCUUAUGGACGCAUUCUUCUGCACAGACGAAGCCCAUCAUGCUCCGCACGAAGCACAGCCAAGCAUAGUUCCGCACCUGGACAACUUCGGCCUCAACCUCCAUGCAGCAACUCCCAACACCAUUGGCGGCUGGCUUUCACACAGUUGGUUUUCCGGCCUGAUCCUGCCCGGCAACUCGACAUGCGACAUGCUCAUGGCGACACUUCUCGAGAACGACACCGAUGCAGCAACGCUCACUAGACUAGGCACCGUGGGCCUACCUUUCCGAUCGUCAGGCUUCGUCCUCGGCAACUCCUCCUGGUGGUCCAAAUCCAGCAUCGUUGGUCGCGUCAUGGCCCCUUUGUACGGCUCCAAGGAGAGCAUGGGCUGGGUCUACCUACCACAGUUCGUGCCGCUGAUCGAAUCGACCUCCAACCCGGUCUCGACCCGCUGGCUGAAAAUCAAAAGCUACCCCGUACCAUCGACGCGCGAACGACCGCGCAUCCUGGACGGUGACAAACUCGCCAUGGAAUCGAGCCCUCUCGGCAGGGGCAAAGGCGGCAUCAUGGGCGCCGAAUUCAGCAUGGUGACAGACCACAUCCUCGACCACGACCACGACUCCCAUGCCCGAGUUUCUGUCAACAAUGUCCAAGUCCACCUGUCCCACACCAACGCGACAGCUGCAAGCCCCGACCACGUCGUCUCGGCAUGGGCGCAGUUCGACCUGACUAUUACUGAUCCCGCCCGACCAUCGGACGUGCCCAUCUCGGAACAAGUGCGCUACGGCCUGGACAGGGCAGUGUACUUCGUCACGGCCUUCCCGUGCCGUCUGCCCCACGGGCACGCGACCUUUAAGCCCGACUCGGGGGACGCAAAGCAGCCAAAUGUCCAGCAGCACCCGCAGCACAAGGCGGCCGAACAUCUCCCUGCACAUCCGCUCCACAAGACAUACAAAUUCGUCACCAAGACGUUGCACGAAAUCAUCCGGAACCCUCGCCUCGAGCCGCCGGGGUCAGGCAUGGCAAGCACGGCGGAGGUUUGGAUCGUGGAUGCCAGGCAUGCUCUGACUCCGGCCGAGAUCGCGAGGUACCACGGUGGUUCUCACUCGGAGUCGUCGUCGAUGACGAGUCAUGUGACCGGCUCGUCCAGUGCUAGUGCGAGUGCUGGUGAGUGUGGCCCUGGCGCCGAGCAGAUCCGGAACAAGGACAUUCUGGUGCGGGCGUGGUGUGCGGAGAAAGGAAGGAAUGCGAUCAUUGCGCGCGUGGGCAGGACGUGUCUUAGUUGUGCAAUCAGAGAGGCCAAGGCCCUGGAGGUGGGUGUUAUUGUGAGGGUCGGUGUGAAGGAGUAAGUAAGAGCCUAGUACGUACGACGGUACGGGGCCACCGGGGUGGGAAAAGGAUGGGUUGUGCUAUGGAAAAGUCCGCUUGACAGAAGGUCCCUCCCUGUCGAUGUCUUUGAAAGGCUGGGCAUUGAUGGACUGGAGGUGGAAUAGAAUCAAGGCAACGGCAUGUGAGCUGGAGAGGAUGGCCAUGCGGUCCGCGGAAGACGGUUCGCAGUCCAAGGACAAGGUGGUGGAAGAUUAUGUGAGCGAACCCGAUGCUGAAUGAUGCAUGGGGCCGUGCUUUAUGUGAUGGGAGUGGUGGCAUUUGAUAUAUGGGAAUACCCCCAAUGAUGCGAGUCUAUGGAAUCGAUUUUCACUGUCGUUCUUCUUGGGAAUUACUAGUAUCAUGGUGGUACUGAACUACUAAUAAGCAAAGUUCGAGUUGCAAAGCGAACUAAGUUACUCGUAUAUACUUGUCUGUCCAUCUCACUGUCUG